AUGUCCUUCUCCAACCCUCGAAGGACCCCGGUGACUCGCCCGGACUCAGGUUUUGGCAAUGGUCUAACCGUUAAGACGAACCUAACCCUACGGAAGGGAGCAACCUUCCAUUCUCCUGUCACUCCUCCGACUAGUCCACAUGCUGCUGCUCCAUUUAGAGUACCCUCGUUACCUCGACGCUCUCAGACCAGUCUUGAUGAUGUUGUCGAUGCUCAUGUUCGUCGUGCUGCCUUAAACAUUGGUAAAUUCGAGGUGACCCUGUCGGCUAUGAAGGCCGAGCCGUUAUCUCCUAUAAGCCCCUUCUCGGACGACUGUCUUCCUAUCCCUAGAGGUUUCCUGGACAACACCCUAGUAGGAGACACGAUGUCCGAGGCUCCGACUGCUUUCGAACCGGAGCGAAGGACGUUACGUCCUCGCAGCCGUCGCUCUUCUCACCACCACGAGUCUGAUAGUGGGUUGGGAACAUCCAUUGCGUCCACAAAUCAGAAGCGGAAGGAGGCCAAGUCUUCUGGUACUGGCGUUUCAGCUAUAACAAGGUCGGCCACGGCCUCCAAAUCUCAGAAUAUUCAACGUCUUAGCUCGCGUGCUAGGAACCGCAUCUCUGAGCAUAUCCUGAAACCGCUACUGGGUGAACCUUCACUCAAGGAGUUUCAUUCCAUUGUCCUUGACUGUCCCAGAAGGAUCCAGGAGGACCAGAUCGUUUGUCUCAGGGACCUCGAGAAGACACUUAUCUUUAUGGCACCAGAGACCGCAAAGUCUGUUGAACUAUAUCGCGACUUCUGCCUCACUUCGAUUCGAUGCAUCCAAGCUACUGUCGAAUACCUUAGCGACCGAGAACAAACGCGACCUCACGAUCGACCUUACAACAGCGGCUACUUUAUCGAUCUUGUGGAACAAAUUCGCCAACACGCGCAACAGAUGCAAGAGGCCCGCAAGAGACAGGACGCUGGAGAGGAGCUAGACGAGAUGGAUGUUGACCCAACUGACGAAGUAAAACUUGUUGGUGGUCUUACAACCAACGGUCGACCAGCGGAGCUAGUCCGCGUAAAGAAGAAUGGCAAGGCUAUCUCCAUAGCUACCGGAAAGCCUAUUGAGGACCUUGAGGAAGAAGUAACAGGCCCAAUCCGAUUUAAGCGUUCAAUGAGCGAGCAGGCCGAGGACGAAGAAGAAAUUAUGCGAUCCAUGGCUCGCCGAAAGAAGAACGCUUCGCCGGAGGAGCUCGCUCCUAAAAAGUGUGCCUACCCGGGUUGCAGUAAGGAAUUCAAGCGACCCUGUGAUCUGACAAAGCAUGAAAAGACGCACUCUCGUCCUUGGAAGUGUCCUAUUCCUACUUGCAAAUACCACGAUUAUGGUUGGCCUACCGAGAAGGAAAUGGACCGACAUGUCAACGAUAAGCAUUCGGCAGCUCCUCCCAUGUUCGAGUGCCAUUUCAAGCCGUGCCCAUAUAAGUCCAAGCGUGAAUCCAAUUGCAAGCAGCAUAUGGAGAAAGCGCACGGCUGGACAUACGUUAGGACCAAGACCAAUGGUCAGAAGAAAUCAAGCAAAGCUGGCAGUUCUGCCCAACCUACACCUCUGAUUAAGAGCUUGCCCACCCCGAGCAGCGAGCAAACGGACCUCGUGAUGACACCACCUGAAGAUCCUCUAUUUGGUCAAUACAACAACGACCAUGAGUUCCCGACCUAUCCGUCAGAUCAGGAGUUCAAUGCUAGCUUAUAUGAACACCAACCGUUUGACAGUGACAUCCAACUGGAAUAUUCCCCGGUUGACAACAACACGCCUUCUAGUGCCGAAUCUGACCAGUUCAACACUUUCGAAGACCUGAGCCCCGAGUUCACUGGCCAAUUCGAAGACAUCUAUGGUGCCCAUGUACAAAUACCUACACCGACGCACUCAGUUUAUAACAAAGAUAUUGGUGCUUUUGCAAACUUCACAGCGCAGACCUGCCAACAGUUUUCCAUGCCGCAGCUCUCAACUGUCGGCCAGGGUAAUCAACUCAUGCUGACGCCGCCGACUAUGGUGGACGAGGGCUUUGAAGACUUUCAGCCUUGUCACAACCAGUUUGGCCAGGACUUCGCCCUGUUCCCUCCUAGCACGAUGGAUAAGUCGGGUGAUUUUACUCUUUUUGGAACUAUCCCACCCAGUCUUGCUGCUGGUUAUAGUCAACCAUCUUCUCAAGAUUUUAACAUUGAAUAUCCAUCUAUGGAUUGGACAGCAUCAGACUUCCAAGGCUUUCCGUCCAGCUAG